CGAAGCAGCAUGUGGAGAAGCGCACAACACGACGCUCGCUCGAAACGCUGCCACACAUUUUUGUUAUCAUCGCCGUCGUCUUCGUCGUUGUCGCCGCCAACGCCACAAAUAUACAAAAAUAUAGCAAAGGAUUAUUGUUCAAAUUUUUGUUGAUUUUUAUUUUACGUUUUGUUUUGUUUAAGUUUCAAAUGUUGCCUCGGUUCGUGCGUGAAAUUUCAACGAAUUCAACGAUAACAACAGUAUAAAAGUGCUUAUAUUAAAAAAAAGAAAAUAUAUAUAUUAUGAGUGUGUGUGUGUGUCUGUUGUGUACCUGCAGAUUUGCUCCAAAAAAGUGCCUGAAAACUGUACUGAACUUCAGGCGAACCGAACCGAACCGAGGAGGAGCAGCGAUGAUCAAUGAGAAUCAGUGAGAAGAAGCAGAAGAAGCGAUCAGCAGAGAUAGAUGAUAAGCAACGGAGAAAGGAGUAUAAAAGAAUUUCGUUGACAACAAAACGAGUGCAAUUAAAGUGAGAAGAAACUGAAUGUUGAAACCGAAAACGGGAAACGGGAAACUGGAUAAAAGAGUUUGAUCUGUGAUCCUAUGUGUGUGCUAAGUUCCUCUAGAGAUUAACGCCCAGAGAUUAAACUCAACUGGCAAUGGAAAUAAGUGCGUUAGACGAACCAAAGCAACAACUCUUAGCCCACAAAGACGAAGAGCAGCAGCAACGAUAAUAGCAGGAGAAGGAGAGGGAAAGAUAGAGAGAGAGAGAGAGCAUUAGUCAGAGAUAUCGAAUUUUCGAUUUUGUUGGAGAGGAAGGAUGCGUAAGGAGCUGAAUCAUGCCCAGCGGCAGCAGCAGCAGCUCACGGAAACAGCAGCAGCAACAGCAACAACGGACAGCAGCAGCAGUAGCAGUAACAGCAGCAACAGCUAUCAGCUGGAUGAGCAGGUGCCACAACAACAGCGGCGACGGGAUAUCAAGGAUGAGUCGGAUGUGGGUGAGCAGACGGAUACGCAAAGCACGCACAGCAGCAGCUCAACGCCAACAACAGCAGAUGUUGCCGAUGUGGCAGAUGCGGAUACCAUCAGCGGAUCACCGUUGAAGUGUCAACUGAAACCGGAUGCAAUCAUUGCAGCAGCAAGCAGCAGUCAGCUAGAUGCGGAUAAUGUGCCGACGUCAUCGCGUUAUGCGGCACGUCCAAGCGCCGCCUUGUCACAGGCAACAGCAGCGACAGCAAGUGGUGGUCAGGGCGUUGCCGGCGGGUGCAGCAGCAGCAGCCGAUCAGCAGCCGGUGGCACCCAUAGACGCACCCUCUCAUCCGCCUCGUACAUCUCGAUGCGUUCACAAGCGACUCCAAAUGGUGCUCCAGCGUCAGCAGAGCGACCCAAACGCAAUCGCUGCUUCGAAUGGAUACGCGUCCUCUGUCGCAUCUGCUGUUGCAAGAGUUCGGGAAUUGGCGAGCCGAGUGUUCAUCAUGCGCUAGUUGUGAUAUUUUUAGAGUUCUUCGCCUGGGGUCUGCUCACGAUGCCCAUUAUAUCGACACUAAAUCGUACAUUUCCGGAUCACACGUUCCUGAUGAACGGCCUGGUGAUGGGCAUCAAGGGCAUACUGUCAUUCCUGUCGGCGCCACUGAUUGGCGCCCUCUCCGACAUCUGGGGACGUAAAUUCUUCCUAUUAGUAACAGUAUUCUUCACAUGUAUGCCCAUACCGCUGAUGUGCAUAAAUACAUGGUGGUUCUUUGCCCUGAUCUCAAUUAGUGGCGCUUUUGCCGUCACCUUCUCGGUGGUGUUUGCGUACGUGGCCGAUGUGACAACGCCGGAAGAGCGCUCCAAGGCAUACGGCCUUGCCUCGGCCACAUUUGCAGCGAGUCUGGUCAUCUCACCGGCCCUGGGCAAUGCCCUGAUGGACAUGUAUGGUGACACACUGGUUGUGGCGUUGUCCACAGCGAUUGCGUUGCUCGAUGUAUUCUUCAUUCUAGUCGCUGUGCCGGAGAGCCUGUCGGAGAAGAUGCGACCAGCGACGUGGGGUGCGCCCAUCAGUUGGGAGCAGGCAGAUCCCUUCCUGGCACUGCGAAGAGUGGGCACGGACAAGACCGUCUUGAUGCUGUGCCUCACCGUGCUGUUAUCCUAUCUGCCCGAGGCCGGCGAGUAUUCCUGCAUGUUUGUCUACCUCAAGCUCAAGAUGGGCUUCAACUAUGUUGAGGUCUCCAUAUUUAUAGCCGUUGUGGGCAUACUCAGCAUCACUGUCCAAGUAACGCUGGGUUCAUUUAUGAAAGUCUUUGGCGCCAAGCGCACCAUCAUUAUGGGCCUAGCCCUGGAGAUGAUUCAACUGCUUUGGUAUGGCCUGGGCAGUGAAAAGUGGAUGAUGUGGUCAGCUGGAGUUGUGGCUGCCUUGGGUUCAAUUACGUAUCCAGCAAUCAGCGCAUUUGUCUCACUUUAUGCCGCGCCUGAAAGUCAAGGUGCUGUUCAGGGCAUGAUCACUGGGAUGCGGGGGCUGUGCAAUGGCUUGGGACCCGCCGUCUUUGGCAUCGUCUUCUAUCUGUUCAAUGUGGACCUGAACAGUGAGCACAGCGCCGUGGUGAGCAAGAGUCAUGCGACGAAUGUGGAAAAGAUAUCGAUGCAUGUGCCGGGGCCGCCCUUCGUUUUUGGUGCGCUGUGCGUAUUCUGUGCGAUUAUCGUGGCCGCUUUCAUACCCGAGCAGGGUUCGCAGACGUCGCUGGAAAAGAAACGUGCCUCGCUCGAUGUGCAGUACGAGAUUGAGACAGGACACAAGGUGCCCAGCUCUUUGGCGCCGCUCAUUCGAUCCGAUUCGCUGGCGCAGCUGUAGUUCGACAUGCCCACAACCACGCCCAUGCCCACUAAGCCCAAUAAUAUACAAAUUUAGUAAUUUAGUAACAGAUGCUGUAUCUAGUUUCGCUUUAGUUUUUAACGGCAAACACACAAACAACCACACAUCCAGCGCUAAGUUAGGAUUCUACUAGAAAAACAAACAAAAGAUGCUGUUAUAUUAUUUACUUGCCGUUUGCAGUUUGUGAUUCGCAUUUGUUUAUCGUUUAUAAUUCAUUUCAUAAUUCAGUUAUGACCUAUUUAUUAUAUACACGGACUAUCCGAACUUUUGCCUCAAUCAAAGAUACAAUUAAUAAUAAUUUUAAUCAUUUUUGUCACAUCACAGAGAGAGACAGGGAUAGAGAGAGCAACAAGCAAAACGAGUGUUGAGCUUAACGAAUUCUUUUUAUUUAUGCACCAACGGAAAACUGCCAAAAAAAAAAUAAUAAACAAAAAUGAUAUAUUUCUUAUUAUUUGUUUUGUUCUGAAGAGCAGCACAAGAUUUUUAUCGGACUAUCGAAAUCAUUUAUCAUGCUAAAAGUAUUGCAGAUUUGUUAAAAAACAAAAAGAAAAAGAAAAUGAAACUAAAUGCAAAUUAUAAUUAUGAAUUAGAAUUAACUGAAUUAGUAAGCUUUAUCUUUGCAAAUUGUAGUGAUCUGAGGAACUAAGAGUCAAACUGAAAAUGUCACAAAUGGGAUACUAAAUCGGGCGUUGCACUUGUCGCUAACGUGUAAUGUAUUAAUAAUGCUAAAACUGUAAACUGUAAACUGUGUGUAAUAGUUUUAUUUUGAUAAUCAAGCAAAAUCCAGAAAUAAUAUUGUUUUUUAACUAUCAAGGCUUAGCAAAACAAAAACAAAAAGAAAGAAAAGAUAAAAACAAGAUCAAGAUAAGCAAGUGCGUAUGUGUAUAUUACUAAGUAGUUGUAUAAAGUGUUUGCACGUGCUAUCAGGGUGCAAAGUUUCAGAACUUUCGAUAUAUACAUAUAUAUAUAUAUGUAUAUGUAUAUGUAUACAUAAUG